UACAUGCUGCGGAAUAACCCCUUUAGACAGUUAAUAUGCUUAUGUGCAAUAUUCAAAAAAUAAUCACUAUUGCUCCCUUGUUGAAUGUUAUUUUUGCACACUGUUGAUGCGGAGACAGGAAGUAGUUCUUUUGCAUGCGCUUUCUCCGCGCAGCGGUUAGUGGGAUGGUGGCUGUGUACUAGACAUUUGAGUGACAUUCAGACGCUGUAUUGUCUUUCCUAUUUAGUUUCACCUUGUCAGACGAAAAAUGGAAGCUCUGAUUCCUGUGAUAAAUAAGCUUCAGGAUGUGUUUAACACGGUUGGAGCAGACAUUAUUCAGCUGCCGCAGAUUGCUGUUGUUGGAACCCAGAGCAGUGGAAAAAGCUCUGUCCUAGAAAGCUUAGUGGGAAAAGACCUGCUUCCUAGAGGUACAGGGAUUGUUACUCGACGACCCCUCAUAUUGCAGUUAGUUCAUGUUUCCUCUGAAGACCAACAAAAAGCCACAGUGGAAGAAAAUGACUUCAGUACCUGGAAAAAUGGAUGCUUUUACAAAGGUGGUGAUUCAGAAGAAUGGGGAAAAUUCCUACACACAAAAAAUAAGAUCUACAAUGACUUUGAUGAAAUCAGACAAGAGAUAGAGAAUGAAACAGAAAGGAUUUCUGGAAAUAAUAAGGGUAUAAGUCCAGAGCCUAUUCACCUGAAAAUCUUUUCACCUCAUGUUGUCAACCUUACACUGGUGGAUCUUCCUGGCAUAACUAAGGUUCCAGUGGGAGACCAGCCAAAAGAUAUUGAAGUCCAGAUCAGAGAUCUAAUCUUGCGAUACAUCAGUAACCCUAACUGCAUCAUUCUUGCUGUAACAGCUGCGAACACCGACAUGGCAACAUCAGAGUCCCUGAAAGUUGCCAGAGAGGUUGACCCUGAUGGAAGAAGAACUUUGGCAGUCAUCACCAAGCUUGACUUAAUGGAUGCAGGCACUGAUGCCAUGGAUGUACUGAUGGGCAGAGUUAUACCAGUCAAGCUUGGAAUCAUUGGUGUGGUAAAUAGGAGUCAGCUGGAUAUUAAUAAUAAGAAAACUGUUGCAGAAGCUAUUAGAGAUGAAUAUGCAUUUUUACAGAAGAAGUAUCCCUCUUUGGCUAACAGGAAUGGGACCAAAUACCUUGCCAAAACUCUAAACAGGUUAUUAAUGCAUCACAUCCGAGACUGCUUACCUGAGUUGAAGACAAGGAUCAAUGUUCUAGCUGCCCAGUAUCAGUCCCUGCUUAGUAGUUAUGGUGAGCCUGUAGAGGAUAAGAGUGCAACAUUGCUGCAGCUUAUUACAAAAUUUGCCACAGAAUACUGCAAUACUAUUGAAGGCACUGCGAAAUACAUUGAGACAUCAGAACUGUGUGGUGGAGCCCGUAUUUGUUACAUAUUUCAUGAAACGUUUGGUCGUACACUGGAGUGUGUAGAUCCUUUGGGUGGCCUCACAACUAUUGAUAUUCUGACAGCUAUCAGAAAUGCUACUGGUCCACGUCCUGCAUUAUUUGUUCCAGAAGUUUCCUUUGAGCUACUAGUAAAGCGUCAAGUUAAGCGAUUGGAGGAACCUAGCUUACGCUGCGUUGAACUUGUUCACGAGGAGAUGCAACGAAUAAUUCAACACUGCAGCAAUUACAGCACCCAGGAGUUGCUGAGGUUCCCAAAACUCCACGAUGCUAUUGUUGAAGUUGUCACUUCUCUACUUCGAAAGAGGUUACCAGUUACUAACGAAAUGGUUCACAAUUUAGUUGCAAUUGAGCUUGCGUAUAUUAACACUAAACAUCCAGACUUUGCAGAUGCCUGUGGACUUAUGAACAAUAAUAUAGAGGAACAGAGACGCAACAGAAUGAGAGAUCUUCCACAAGCAGUACCUCGUGAUAAGUCCUUGAAAGCUCCUGAUGGGCUUCCUCGUGUCCCUGUGGAGUCAGCUUCUGCUGCUGAGGUGCAGGGCUUCACCUCAAAGGGUGGUAUUGCUGGAUCACAAGGUGAUAUUGCUCUGGAAGCAAGUGCCAAUACCACAAAUUGGAGGGGAAUGCUAAAGGCUUCAAAAACAGAGGAUACAUCUUCUGAAGAUAAAAAUAAAGCUGUGCCUUCAGUCCUAGCUAGCCCACAAAAGGGCCAUGCUGUAAAUCUUUUGGAUGUGCCUGUCCCAGUGGCCAGAAAACUCUCCGCCAGAGAGCAGCGUGAUUGCGAGGUUAUUGAGAGACUCAUCAAGUCUUAUUUCCUGAUUGUCAGGAAAAAUAUACAGGACAGCGUUCCAAAGGCCGUGAUGCAUUUUCUUGUCAACCAUGUCAAGGAUAACCUCCAGAGUGAGCUGGUGGGAAAGCUAUACAAGUCUAUGUUACUGAAUGACCUUUUAACUGAAUCUGAAGACAUGGCUCAGCGCCGUAAUGAGGCAGCCGACAUGUUGAAGGCACUCCAGAGGGCUAGUCAGAUUAUUGCUGAAAUUCGUGAGACACACCUCUGGUGAUGAAAAACAGCACCAUCACAAGGAUUUUCAUAAUGGGGUUCAACACUCUGAAAACUGCAGACAUAAAUAAAAUUUCUACAUCUAGGAUGAACCUCAUUGUUAAUAGGCAAUUUUCAUUAUAUGCAUUAUAUGGCUUAUAGACUGAUAAGUUGUUUCAAAUCUACAGUUAAAUGUUAAACCAAUGUUUCUAUUUCAUGGUAUGUAUGUAGUGUGGCUGAUGUAAAAUUUAAUACUGGCAUUGCUGAUCAUACUUAUUAUGACUUGGUUUCAUUUUUCAGGGCCAAGUUCAAACAAGUUUUGUUUACUAAGUAGUCUGUUUGUGGUCUGACAGCUUUUGACACAAAGAAAGAUUUUACUUCAUUUUACCUUGCUGGUAAGAAAAAUAAUUAAUUGAUUGGUUUAUAGGGCCAGUACUGUCACAUGUACAAAGCACAAUGAAAUUCUUACUUCAGUGUGCUAAUCAACAUGCCAUGCGUUCAGUUGAAAGUAAGGUAAUCCUAAGGGAAACAUGUAGAAUUAACAAUUAAAACAAGUUUCCAUGUAUGAGGGGAUGUGUAUGACAUUGUGGUUUUCCAUCCAUGGUUAGUUCCGGCCAGGAUGAUCUCCCCUCCUCACAAUCAUGUGAUGAAGUAAGAGGGUGCAGAAAAUGGAUAGUUGAGUCAUUAUUUUCAAUCUGUAUUUUUUUUUGGCUGAAAGAUCUGGUAGAACCUUAAGGGUUUUGGAUAAAAACAAUGAUGUCACUCAUAUCCUAAAGAGAGGGACAACAGGCACAAUAUAAUGACCAGCAGGAAAGAGAUCAGAUAGCUGCAAAUAUGGUCUUAGUGAUUUUAAGUGUCAUUUUAAUUAAAAAAAAAAAAACUAUACAGAUGAUUAAGUUAAAUAACAAUCUUCUUAGUUUCUA